UCCGGCAGUCUGUGCACGUGUGGGCUUACUCAGAAAUAAUUUUUCAUAUUAUACAGUAUAAUAAGCUAUGUAUGUAUCAAGAGGAAAAACAACAUACGUAUUAUAGCCUGCACUGUAGUGUAUUAGAACGCUCAGCCUGCAAGCCUAAUCGUCAGACUAACGUUGGCUACAUCGCUAUCAAGCCAGUGGAUCUGGUUUGGGCUCUGCAGACUGCAGCAUUUCUAACGUUACUACUAAGUUAGCUAGCCAUUCAAUAUAUUUGGGUUGGAUUCUGUUGGGCUUGGUUUUUAUACUGUACGUUUCAGGGCUUGGCUCUAUAUUUCACGAUCUCAACUGACACAUUGUAGCAUUUAGCAACAGACUCAUCCCCAUGGCUGGAAGAGGCAGGGGUCGUGGAAGGGGACAGAUGACCUUCAACCUGGAGGAUGUGGGCAUAGGAAGGGGGGACAGCCUGCCCCCCACCACCUUUAAGCCCUCACCCCUCUUCCCUCCCAUGCCAGUCCAGCCUGUGCCCCUGCAGACAGGAGAGGAGGUGGAGUACAUGCUUGCUUUGAAACAGGAGCUGAGGGCCGCCACCAAGACCCUGCCUUUCUACAUCAGACGGGCUGCUCCCAAAAGAGAUGUCGAUCGCUACUCUGAUAAGUACCAGAGCGGAGAGCCCAAGGACAGCACCAUCGAGUGGAGCCCAGACUGGAGCAGAUUGCCUAAAGAGCUUUGCAUUAAAGUGAGAGAAAAUCGGGGUAAAAGACCUACACCUCAAGUUAAACGGACAAAGAAACCUCUUGUAGGAAAAGAGGAGAUUCUCAUCAAGCUAGAGACUCUCGAAAAGAAAGAAGAGGCGGUGAACUCUGAGGAAGAGCAGGACGAGGAGAAAAAGAAGACGAACGAGGAAGAAGAACAGGCAGAUGAAGAGGACUAUGAGGAAGACUUUGAAGAGGAUACCGACUACAUCAUGUCUUACUUUGACAAUGGAGAGGAGUUUGGAGGGGACAGUGACGACAACAUGGACGAAGCCACCUACUGAGAGACCGUAAGAGUGCUGAUAACACUGAAUAGACAAAAAGAAAAGGCUUUGAGUUAUCCUCCCUGCGGACAUAGUUACAGUAUUCUAAUUACUUGUGGAGUCAUUGGCCAUGGGAACAAAGACAUUGACCGGUAUAGUCUAAAACAUGGAAAGAACAAUAUGCUGCUAUCUGAUAACCUAGAUCCAAGACAUGGAAGAUGGUGACUGCUGGUGGAAACAGUGGCUCAAUGUAGACAUCUAGAGAGAAUACUCAGACAUUUUCUUAUUGUGUGUGGUGAUUUAAAGUGCCAAAGAUACUAACUAGUCAUACUGACUGUUCCCCUUUCUUCAGCUAUGUUGAGGUAGUAAUGGGAGCUGAUGUAUUUACAGGCUAUUGAUGCCUUUUAUAACUUUAAUAGAUUUUAUGGUUUUAAUUAACACAUGUACAAUUGCAGUAGUCUGUGGUUUUUAAAGUAAAGACAUGUUUUAGAGAGGUAUUUUAGCUUUUGUAAUUCCUUGGUGUAAGUAUUUUUUUAAAGUGUAUACGACAAUCAAAUGUUGGCUAAGACAUUGAAAACAAUAGUUGCAAUCAAAAAAAAUGGUGUGUAUUCUUUUUAAAUAUUUUUUUCCUGUAAUGUCAAAUUAUGUUAUGCAAAUUGACAAUUUGAAAGUGUUGAAUUUGAGUCUAAAUACAUUUUAAAGAACCAGAGUAAAUAUUUGUUUGUAUCAA